GAAAGUGGACUUGGAGGUCAGUGAACCAAUAGACUUUAGUGCUGGAGAUCACCAACAUCUGAUCCGGAAAGCAGCAGAUGAUAACAUCCAGACCAAAUCUAAUAAGUCCUACAAAACUUCACCUCCAUUUGGGCCACAGCAAACUCAUGGGAAACCACACUCAAAGGCUAGUCAGCAAGCGGAUACCUAUGUGGUAGAAAUUUCAGAGGAGGCCACCCCCAAUGACAGCAGUACUUUAGCCAGCCCAUUCUCAGAAGGAUCUAUCCGCAGAGCUUUUAUUAUAAAAGUAUUCCUGAUCCUGUCAGCCCAGUUGGUGGUCACUGGGUCAAUUAUCAGCAUGUUUCUGUUCUGGAUGACUUUAAAAUCUUGGGUGCUUGAGAAUGCCUGGUUCACCUAUGCAAUCUUGCCAGCGUUUUUCGUUGUACUUAUUGUACUUGCUUGCUGUGGGAAACUCCGCCGUCAGGUGCCUGCAAAUUACAUUCUUCUGGGAUUGUUUACAAUUCUUCAAGGUCUGCUGCUAGGAACCAUAUCAGUUUUUUAUAAAGCUGAGGAGGUGUUAUGGGCAACAGCAGCGACCGCUCUGGUGACGUUAUCGCUCACUUUAUUUGCUCUUCAAACAAAAUGGGAUUUCACCUUGCUAAAUGGAACGCUGUUCGUUUUACUCUUCGUACUUAUUAUCUAUGGAAUCCUCUUAAUCUUCAUACGAUCAUAUUGGUUACAUCUGUUGUAUGCCGGACUUGGAACUAUGAUCUUCUCACUUUACUUGGUGAUGGAUGUGCAGCUGAUGGUGGGAGGUCACCAUCGUUAUAACCUGGACCCUGAAGAGUAUAUUUUUGCUGCUCUGAACAUCUACUUGGAUAUAAUCAACCUUUUCUUUUUUAUCUUGCAACUGAUUGGACUGGUACGGUAGUUAUGCGGCCAAGGCUGGCUUUGUUUAACGGUGGGAAGGCGGAGCAUCUGUGAAGUGUUCCACGGUGGUGAUGAUUAAAAGAAAUUCUCAUGCUUCUAUGACAAUCUCCUGAUUUCUACAUUUAGUAAGAACUCUGAGCAAGGCACACCUGUUAGGGUCAAUCAAAUGAGUAGAUUAAUUUGUUUUCAAUAUUAGAAAUUCAUCUUUCGAGAGUCCACAAUUUGAAAAUCUGUCAUGAAUGGUCCCAAAUCCAAUGAUACGUAGCGCAUUGAUAAAUCAACUCGAAAUGUCCAUAACAGGCAAUGAAAGCUUUCCCCUGACAAUAGUGGAGAUGUCACUCUAGAUGACGACACGCACAGGCCUCCAUAGGUUAGGCGUUCAGUUUCAAGAGCCUUGGAACCCGUUAAUAGCUGCCUUUCUCCAAAUGGGUGUAGUGGGUGGCUGUGUCCGGCAGGUGGCGAUGUUGUGCACGGAAACCACCUCGGCGCUCCGGCUGCCAUGAAGGGUUGAACAAAAGGAGUGAUUGCACUUUCUCCUGGGAUUCUCUGUUGUUUCUGCUGGACCACCAGCGAGGGGAGAAGGAAGUAGGCAGGGGAGCGAUUUACACCCCACCAUCACCUCUCUACCCCUGACAAUUAUGAGACGGGUACUUUGGGCAUGUAACACAUUGUUCCAUCAGACAUUUAGAUUUGGAAGCCACAUUACUCCUAAUCUCCCAAGGGCCCCACCUACAAGGAAAGCCUCCCUUCUCCACCAGUGUGCAAAUGUUUUUCCCAGCUGAGGAAUUUAAGAUGUGUGCAAGUCAGAGAUAUGCGGAUGGCAAAUGAUAUCUCCCAACCAAAAGGGGAGGAAACUGUGGGCCCUCGUCUUCCCUAGCUCCUCCAGGGUCAGUGCCCAACACUGGCGCAACUGCUUCUCCCAUGGCAGUGGUGACGCCUGUCAGCAUGAACCAGGGCCUUCUCUCGUCUCCAUGUGCACCGCCACUGUUAACCCUGCAGGCUUUGGCACCUACUGUCACUCCUGCAUCCAGCACCUCAUCCUCACUGCUGGCUAAGUCAGGGUCUGGGGCUGCCAGGGC